AGUGGGUAGUUGAAGUUGACUGAUUUGGUAACUGAAAUAAAAGUUUUUUUUUUGUUUCAUUAAAAGCAAAUUAAAAAUUAUUUCAAGUAAUCUUAAAAAGUUGUAAUAUUACUCAAUAAAAGUUCAUUUUUAUGUUAACAAGCUACUCUUGAAGCUAAGUGUUAUAAUUUGUACAGAUAUGAAAUAAUUAAAGAAGGCGAAAUAAUGCUAUCUGUCAGUUUUAAAUGUACCAAAAUUGAAAUUUACGUAAAUUAUAAAAUCUUUAAAGUUUAAGUUUCUUAGAUUUAAUUACUAAUCAAUAUAAGGUGAAUUUUAAUCUAAAAACAAUCUGCAGUUAUAAUUAUAUAUGCAAAUCACUUGCAAACAAAUCAAAAAAUCGACUGCAUUAAUCUACGGCCUCUGUUAAAAGUGACGGUCGCCAUUGCAAAAGUGAACAUAGACAUCAAUUGACAAAUUUUAAGAUACAUACCUCUAACGCGAGAAAUAUCAGCAUUCAUUUCAAAAUUGCUCCGCCUGUACCUGGCGUGCAAAUUGAAAAUUAAUAAAUUUUAAUACUAAAGGAUUUUUAAUGUAUUGCUGACAAAAAAUAGACUAUUAAAAGAAUAUUUAAAAAAAAUAAUUGAUUUGAAAUGGUAUUAGCAGAGAGACAUGCAGAGUUAUUAAGGAAUGGUAGAAGAUCUAGGGGACCCAGUCCAAAUGGCCACAAUGGAGGGUCACCCGAUACUAGUUCAGAUGAAGACAAUUCUAUUAAAAGAAAUGGGAAAACAAAAGCAAAACAAAGCGAAUAUGAAGAAAAAAUUAGAGUGGGAAGGGAUUACCAAGCCGUAUGUCCAGAACUAAUACCUGUUGUUGAUAGGAAACCAGAAUUAUUAAAUGACAGGGCGUUGCUGGUUUGGUCGCCAACGAAAGAUAUUCCUGAUUGCAAAUUGGAAGAAUAUAUAUCAGUGGCAAAAGAAAAAUAUGGCUAUAAUGGUGAACAAGCAUUAGGCAUGCUAUUUUGGCAUAAGCACGAUUUAGAAAGAGCUGUAAUGGACUUAGCAAAUUUUACCCCUUUCCCAGAUGAAUGGACUGUUGAAGAUAAAGUGCUAUUUGAACAAGCUUUUCAGUUCCACGGAAAAAGUUUUCACAGAAUUAGACAAAUGUUACCUGACAAAUCAAUAGCAAGUCUAGUUAAGUACUAUUAUUCGUGGAAAAAAACUCGACACCGCCAAAGUGUAAUGGACCGUCAAGAAAAAGCCAAAGCUAGCAAAGAUGGUUCAGAAAAUGGUAGUGAAAAUGGCAGCAACGAAGAAUCUGAGAAUGAUGACAAGGAGCAAACAACUACAUCUCCUGCGACAUUACAAGAUUCUAAAGCUACAACAAGCGGAAGUAGCAAUAAUAUAAAUGUUGGGGGGAAUGUCACAUCAAUUGGUAAUGUGAUUUACGGUAAUAACACCAUAGAGACAAGUCGUAAUACAAAUAACUCGAAAAAGCAGCAAUUACCACAAUCUGUUAAUAACCAACAAGGGCAGAUUCUUAAUACUUUAAGUACAGAACAAGAAAAUGCUAGUAGUGAGACUUUAAAUAACGCAAACAUUAUAAAGGAAGGCUGUUGCACUGGUUGCGGAGUUUCUUGUAAUAUCUUAACAGCAACUUUGCAAGGCAAAUUGUGCAACAGUUGCCAUCAUCAUUGGAGACGAACUGGAAACAAACGUCCAACAACUGGCCCGUAUUUUAAAAGGUUACGCGAUCGUUCCGAUAGACAAAAACGUAAACCACCACGUGGUAUGCAUAUUAAUCAUGAUGAUAUCGUAGCCUUAGCGAGUUCCAAUAACAAUCAAGAUGAAUUGCUUUCAAAUACUGAAAGGGAAAUCGUUUCAUUAUUGAGUCAAGUUCAACAAAACAAACAAGCAAUUUCGUCUUUAAAAAGAAAAAUUUCUGAAAGCUGUGAAGAUUUGCGUCCAAUUGAACAACCAAAUCGUAUUAAUUCAAGAUGGAGUAAUGAAGAAUUAUCAAUGGCUGUACAUGGUGUAAAGAAGUUUGGGAAAGAUUUUCAAGCUAUUGCUGAAAUGCUUGGUACUAAAACAGAAGCACAUGUUCGUACAUUUUUCGUCAAUUAUCGCAGGCGAUAUAAUUUAGAUAAUGUCCUUAAAGAAUUCGAAGCCGAACGUACCACAAAUCAAACUUCAGAAGAAGAAAAACCACAAGAUGCUAUAAAUUCUGAUGAAAAAAUGUCAGAAAAAGAUAUAACAGAAAGUAAAGAAGAAAAGAAAGAUGAUGAAAUUCUUCUUCAAAAAAAUAAUAUAGAAGAAAUUGAGGACAAAAAUAUAGCAUUAUUAUCUAAUAACACGGUUACAAAUGAAGAGUUUAGCAAUAUUAAUGAUACUACAAUUGAUAUAACAGUUCCGGAAAAAACUGAUAUAACACCUCAAAUUAAUUCAUCAGAAAAUAUUAUUAUGGAGAUUGAUUUGGAUAGUGAGGCAAGUGAAUCAUCAUCCCCAAUUAAAAAAAUCAAAGCAUCUGAAACAACGCCAACACAAAUUAAGCUAUAAUUUGAAUAAAUCUUUAAAAGUCUUUGAAGAUAAAAAUAGAAAACAAAGAAAACAAAUUAUCACUACUCCAAUUUUUAAUUAGUUUACGUGAGUUUUUCAUUCUAUCGUAUAAUAAAUACAUAAUUAUAAUUAAAAAAUUUUGAAUCGUAAGAAAUUAAUGCGCGAGUGUAUUAAGCUAAGUGAGGAACUUUAAAAUAUUUUCAGUUUUAUUUCUCUUUUUAUUUUUAUUUUUUUUUUCUAUCCAAUAUUAGUGUUCAUUUAUUGUAUUGCGUUUAAUUUUAUAUAUUGUAGUCCUAAAUGAGUUUUAAAUUUGAGCAUAAUAAAUUUUUUAUAUAUUCUGAUAAUAAUUACUAGAGUUAUUAAUACAUUAAUUAAUAUUUAAUUUAAUUUGGAUAUGUGUAACAUGUCCAAAAUGUCCAAUUUAUUUUAACAUUAUUUAGAUAUUCAAAAUACAAGAAAAUAAUAAUUCGAGAACUGUACAUGUAUAGAUUUAACAACCUAAUGCCAUACAGAAAUUAAUUCAAAAUAAUGAUAAUUUAUAUUCUUAGUUGUAGAAAUAUUUCUUUAAAUUAUAUAAUAUAAUCUUAUAUAAUCUUUAAUUAUAUAUGAUAGGAUGAGUUCGUGUUCACAGCAAAUAUGUUUUAAAUACAUUGUUAUAACCUUGUUUAAUACAUCGUUUAAUACGUUGUUUAAUAGAUAUUGGAUUAAUUCCGGAAUUACAACUGGUAAUCUGAAUUAAAUAUCAAUUCAGGAAAAUUUUAUAUAUCAUAUACUUUAUGAGAGCAAUUAAAAUGUUUUGGAUGCGCUACAAAAUCUAUUUACUGCACAAUCCAAAUGUGAAAAAUACAUUAGUUAGAAACGUUAUACAUUUUUACAUAUUGUUAGACAAUAUAUCAAAUAUUAAUAGAACUGCAAAACCGAACUCAAAAAUACUCAGAAAUUAUAUUUCAAAUUUAAGCCAUAUUUUCCAUGUUUAAUUUUCUUGGUUAGGUAUGUAACAUGUCAGCGCAUAUAACCCGUUUUUCGUUUUUAUGCACAUACAUUCAUACAAAAGAAAAUUUCUUAAAAAAAUAAUUAAAUUAAAAUUAAAUUCUACAGCAUAAUUAAAAUAAAAGACAACCCUCUAUUAUUACAUAAAAUAUUGGCAAAUAAUUAAAUAUUUAAAAAUGUUAAAAUAUCCAAUCGUUAAAAUUCAACGAAA